GCGGUGCGGCCCCGGCCCGUGGUCCCGGGCGCGGUGGGCUGAGCCCGGUGAUGAGGAAAGGUCUCCGGAGGUUUCCGGGGAGAGAGCCGGGGGCCGGGGGCCGAGGGCGCUCCGCCGCGGAAGGCGGGAUUGUCCCCGACGUGCCGGCGAGGGAGCGGACUUAGCAGGAGUGCGGCCGGGGCGCCGGGACGCUGCCUGCAGAAAACUUAUAGCCCAGCUUUGAUUAAAGAUGACUUCCUUGUUCACUCAAGAAGUUCACCUUUCUAAAAGACAUGAAGAAAUAGUAUCACAAAGAUUAAUGUUACUUCAGAAAAUGAAGAAUAAUUUUGGAGAUCAAAACACAGAAAGAGCAUGUCUUCUCCAAGCCACUGAAACUGCUUCAAAAAGGAACCUCAGUCUCUUGCAGGACAUAGAAGCUGCAGAGAAGUCUUUACAGGCCAGGCUCAAGCCACGCCCACAACCUGCAGUGCGUUCUCUUGAGACUCGUUACUGGGCAUCAGUAGAAGAACAUGUCCCUAAAUGGGAACAGUUCCUUUUAGGCAGAGCACCAUAUCCGAUUGGUGGCGAAAAUCAAAGUGAGGCAGGAAACACCGUUCAAAAUGAGAUGAAGUGAUAACUUAUUCAUAUGUUACUCAGAAAACAGAAACAAAAUCCAAAAACAGCUGUUUGAUGAAACUCUGUAAGUCAUGGCAGGAACUUGAGGGAGUAAUGUGCUUUGUUGGUCUCAUUAUUGUCAGUCUGAGAGCCACUGACAGGUCUCAGGUUAGACUACUGCAAGGUCAUAGAUUUGCAAUGAAAGGGUUAAAAGCUAAUGCUAAGACAGAAUGUUUGUUAAAGAUGGUAUUAAAGCAGUGCUGUGUGUGUGUUAAACAUUCAGCCUCAUUACACCCUGUCUAGUCUUCCAUUAUUCACCAUGAGAACAGGAACAGGGGCUGCUUAGAGUGAUAGAAGUCUGCCUUGCUUAGCUGCCCUUGUCUACCACUAGUUAUCAGAAAGUGGAUCCACAGGACUGGGUGCCUCAGACAGGCUUCGCUGAGAUUCUGACUAAAGGACUCAGUAUGUAGCCAGUUUCAGGAAGGCUCGGUAUGAUUUUGAAAAAGACCCAUGAGAGCUGGAAGUAGCUACUGCAUUCUGACCGACUUGAAGACUCCCAACCUUGUGAAAACAGCCUCGCCCCUGGGGUUAUCUUCCCACUUGCCCUCCCCUCCCCUCUCUAAAACUUAAAAAUAAAGAAAUACACUCAGGAA